AUGGCUGAAUCUCAAAAUAGUGAUAUGUGUAGUGUGUUCGAGGAGAAUGUGGAGACUAACAUAGAAAAUUUAACGGAAUUGGAAGCGGGUAGCUGUAGUAAUCGAGCGGAUAAAAGAAGUCGUGACAUAGAUACAGAAGAGGUAUGGGCGGAGGUUGGGAGACGAGGAAAAGUUAUGGCGCGGAGUAACAAUAAUAAUGAUACUACCCCCAUCCCAGAAGAACAAAUUGAAAUAAGCAUGGUGUCUAGAAAAGAAAAAUUACCUAAGCAAAUAGGGUUGGCCCGUCUACUUAAGAACGAAAACAUUAAAAAUAUAACGAGAAUAAAAUAUGUAAACGCCUACAAAGUUUUUGAUAAAAUUCAACAAUUU